AUGUCAUUGGCAGCCACCGAUGACUACGAUCAUCUUUAUAAGAUUAUAUUGGUAGGAGACCCGAGCGUGGGGAAAACGCACUUAUUGGCUCGGUAUACACGGAACUCGCUGCCGAAGAACCCGGGGCCGACUUUAGGAGUGGAAUUGGCUACUCACACAGUGCCCUUGGCUGGCGGCGGCACCGUCAAGGCACAGAUUUGGGACACGGCUGGCCAGGAACGGUACAAGUCGAUUACGGCGGCGCACUUCCGGCGAGCGGCAGGGGCCGUGAUUGUGUACAGCGUGACGCGGCGACAGACCUUCGUGAACGCGUCCAAGUGGCUAGCCGACGUGGUACAGCAUGCGGGCCGUAACGUAGUCAUGCUGCUCGUCGGCAACCAAGUGGACUUGGCUGAAGGAUCCCCGGAGGACCGGCAAGUCUCCACGGAAGAGGCAGCCGAAUGGGCCAAAAAGAGCGGGCUCAUGUUCCUCGAAACCUCCGCGGUCACCGGCUACAACGUCAAGAAGAUGUUUGAACUCAUUCUUCAAGAGAUAUAUGACCGGGAGCACAAGGUUAUAUGUGAAGGCGACUCUUCGGCGCAAUACGCCAUUCCGCGGGCGGCCAUUUACACGAAGGCCGGUCCUGCAAACCAAGUCUUCACGCUCAGUGACGCCAUUGAGGUGGCGGAGCCGGAGGGCUCCCAGUCCUGUUGCCGACACUAG